AAGGAGUAGGAACUAUCGCUACUCUGAACAAAACUUUUCAGAGAAAAGAAAAUAUCGUUCUGUUUGAUGAAGUACUCGACGACGCAGUGCUUAAUAUCCAACACUUUCAGUAUGCCGGCUUAAAAUACAGCAAAGUGUUCAAAUAUAUGAGAUACGAUGUCGUCGAAGUCGCAUUCAAAGAAAUUGAUGUUGAUGAGACUCAAGAUAAUAUUAAAAAAGACGUCGUAAUCCUUAAAAAAUUAAAAGGAGCAGAGAAUAUAAUCGUGUUUCACGGAGUUAUAAUUGAGCCGAAUAAAGUUUUUCUGGUAACCGAAUGGGCCACCGAAUCGAGUUUGAGGGAUUUCUAUCAACAUAAAAGAUUGGAUUGGAAUCUAAAAAUACAAUUCGCUUUAGAUAUCUCUAGAGGAUUAACGUAUUUAAAAAGUGCCAAAAUUUUACAUCACGAUAUUCGCAGUCAGAAUAUUUUUAUUACAAAAGGCAAUCUAUCACAAUUUACAGCAAAAAUCGGCAAUUUCGGUUUAAGUCGUGGUUUAAGAGAAGCUACUACAAAUAUUCGUGAAGGUGUCGAUAAUGUUCGAUACAUGGCGCCAGAGAAACUUAAAGAUAAUAA